GAGCACGCGCAGCAGCUGUAGUUGAGCUUGGCAGGUACCUCGUGUUGGGCUCGGAAGGUUCCCAACAGCGAACAAAACACAAACACCGAUCAGAGGAGAAGCAGAACCGGACUGUGAGUUAACGGGAGAGCAGGACUCCUAAGUGUGCUCGCCGUUUGCUCUGGCGAGGCUUUUUCUCUGGAACAAGAAUAGUUUAUCUACCGGAAUUCGAGUUAGCAAAAAGAUGAAUUCGUUGGGCAGUUCUUCCAAAUGGCCGUCCUAUGACUCGCUGCCCUCCACCUCCAGCUUCCUCCACAGCGAGAGCGAGCAGACCGAGGAUGAAGCAGACGUCUUCUCAGAUGGAGAGGGGGACAGUGGGAUCAAGAGAUCCCCCUCAGCUGAUGAAGGAAUCACGCUUUCAGAGAAUUACCUCCGCGUGCCGCCUCAUUGGGACUCAAGAUUCGUCCGAGAUCAGUCGGAGCUCUGCCCUGACGAAACCAAACGUCCGGAUGGAGCGUCUUCACUCACUACACCAACCUCUUCAUCACCAGGGGAUCUGGCCUUCGCUCAGAAAUGUGCUGAUUUGCACAGGUUUAUCCAUCCGCUGCUUGGGCUUUUGCGUGGACUGAAGAAUGGGCGGUUUGAGAAAGGUUUGACCAGUUUCCAGCAGAGUGUUGCCGUAGACAGAUUACAGAGGAUUCUUGGAAUCUUACAGAAACCUGAAAUGGGUGAGAAGUACCUUCAGAUCCUGGUGCAGAUCGAGAUGCUGCUGAAAAUGUGGUUUCCCCAGAAAGCGUUUGAGUGUAAAGACACGUCCAGCCCGGCCACCGCGCCAACUCUCGUCUCACACUGGCGUCAGAAUCAGCUUCACAUCCCCGUCAAGAAGAGAAAACUGAGCUGGUCUGACCUCGAUGUCGAUGACAGAGUCCCAACCAAGCAUAGCCACCAUCAACAAGAAAAACACGAGUGCUGCCACGCGGCCACUUCACUCGACACCGUCUCUACGCGUCUUCCCCCAUCUCCUCAGAGUCACGCCGUUCAAUGGGCUGAGGACGACUGCGCGGCCAGGCUGAAGUUUACCGACAGGACCGGCCUUUUGAGCAGAUUGUCGUGUAGCGGGAGAAAAGACGAGAAUCAGACGCCUCCUGAGACUCCUCUGCCCUUCUUGUGUGGCAGCCCGGCCACGCAGGACUGCUCGGUGUCUUCAAGCAGCAGCGUUACUCCAGCUGACUCACCUUAAUUGGCAGUGGCUGACAUUGCGAUCACAUGGAGGUACCGCAGCACGUCAGCCAGAGUAAAGGCAGGGGGCGGGGCCUGAUUACAUAAGCAUGGAGUACGGCUUUGAGCCAGUCUGUGAUGCCUGCGAGGCACAUUAAACCAGAGGAGGAGGAACACACACACGCACGCACGCACACACACACACACACACACACACACACACACACACACACACACACACACACACACUUAUUAACCCUUAACCGCCUGGAGUGGGUUUGAUCAGGUGUUGCACUAAAAUUCUACAAGGAAUGAUUGUUUGUAGGAAGUUUACUUCUGCAUAAGUAGCUAACUUGAUACUUUACAACCAUUAAAGCAGUCUUUGCACUGUUAUUUUUAUCUUUUUAUAUCAUGAAAGGAAGUCCUUCUGUAGCAGCAUGGCUUCAUUACUUCUAUUGAUGUGAAAAAGCACAAAAGAUUUGUUGUCCUAUUUCAUUUUGACGUUUUAAAUUUAAUUUGCAGUUACUUCAAAUGAGCGACAUCACUAAUUUCUUGCAUUUUAUGAACAAAAUAGUUUUAUUUUUCAGCUUGUGUUGGUAAAGUUGUUGUUAGAAGCACAUUUCCUCCAGAUGUUUUACAGCUGCCAGAACCUGGAGCCCAAUUCAAAACGAUUACCUCUCCACCGGUUUGUGUAAUCAAACACUUAGAGGCAGACUAAAUAAUCCCCUCCUACUGGACUUUAACCUGUCAAUAAUGUUAAAGGAAAACUAUCAUACAGAUGAUUAAAAAUAGAAAUCAGAAUAUCAAAAACAUUUUUUUAUUUACCUGAUUGAAGGAUAUAACGGACUUAAGGUGGAGCUGCUGCCGAAAUGUGCCAACCGAAACCAUUUUUGCUUUAUCUUAUUUUCACCGAGCUUUGUUUCUGUCGGCACUAAUUAGGAGAUUAGUUGAUUGACUAUUAAUAUUUGACUUGUUUGAAUGUUUUUCUGUCUCUAGCUCUUUUAGCCACUUUAUUUUCAGUUUGAAAAUCCACAAUUCUAAGGAGAAUAUUUAAGUUUGAAAAGAUCUAUUUAAGCGUUUGUGAAUUUGAUCUGAUGCCUCUGCACUUUGGACGAAAAUGAGGAAAUGUUACACAUCUGAGAUAUUAUUUAUGAAACAGUACUUGAUAUUUUUGAUUUCAUCAGCUGACCAGUGGUGCCGGUUGUUGUUGACGGGCAUCAGAAUGAGAGAUUUUUCUUUAAUGACUUAUUUUUUGGCACUAUCACGGGAAUCUGUUUAAAUCAGGAUAUGAAAAACAAAUUCAGACUAUAAAACUGUUGCUUUUGUAAAAUUUGUUAACUUUUGAGGAAGCAAUAAGAACUUAGCUUGGUGAAAAGAUCCACUUUUUCCAUUCCUGAACUCGUUUUUCUCAUACUUUUUUAAUAUUUGGGUUUUCUACCGUCGUGUUUUAAGUCCGGUAUCAUUCAUGUUGAAUGGCUUCUCAUCUCUGGUGGUUUGUCACCGUUCAGCCUUAGAAACACAAACAAAACCACAUAACUGCCCGACUUUAUGAAACAGAAUUUUUAAAGUGUACAAUUACAUAAGUGAUGUAAAAUACCACAGUGUGUUAUUGCAAACCGAAUGUGCUUCCGUGCAGAUGUUUCUCAGGCUUUGUCAUGACUCAUUUAUGUUAUUUAACGUGAGAAUUGUGGGCAGAGAACGGGACAAGUGUUGCAUUGUUUUGGGAAAUAAAAGGAAUAGAGAUGCCUGGUGUUGAUCGGGAACGGCAACUAUUUAGCAAAAACAUAAAAUUCAGUUUUUUAGGUUUUUUUUUAAUCUGUGAAUGAACAAUUCCCAAGUAGCAAUAACAAAAAUCUGACAUUUCCCACAGUCUAUAAAAGCACCGUUACUAAGUGCUAAUUUCCAUUUGCAUUACCAGAUCUUCCAUGUGAAGUUUUCACCUCCACAAUCCUAAAUCUUAUAUCCUUUUAAUUCCAGCCCUUUGGGUAAGUCGGCAAGCCAAUACUGUACAUAAGUUGGAAUUCUGUAUAAACUCACAUAACCAGAAUGGUUCAUUUAUAAAACAAACAGUUCUAAAGGGUUCUGCCCAUUUUAGAAACAACAGUAAAUUUCAUUUCACACUUGUAUGUGUACAGUUUGUCCUAUUGUUGUUUGUAGGGCUUUUUUGUGUUUCACAAGACAUUGUCCUGCUUGAUAAAUGUAUUUUUAUAUAUAAUAAAAGACUGAAAUGAAAUAUUAA